UCGUCGACCUCGGCCGCCGAUAAGAUAAUUGGCGCAUCCUGACAAUCGCCCUUCUGGCCGUUGUUCUGCAUCGCGGUUUUAAUUGAAAAUCAGGCUCGCACACGGAUUGGGUGUGUAUUUUUAGAAGCGAGGGAAGAAGAAAAGUGACAGGAUUGGUGACAGGCGACAGAAGGAAGAGAGUUUGUGACACGCACUGUCCGCACGGCGCCGUCCGACCCUGCCUUUUCUACCUACACAAAUGGCCGCAACCAUGCUUCGGCAGGUGAUGAAAGCGCCUGCUGCGACGCACCACUUCUCACCCCUGUUCUUUUACUCUCGUCGCUCCAUCAGCCAAACUCUGAUCGACAUUUCGCCACCUGUGAAGGAAGCCCUCUUCUACAAACACCCCGUAGUGGCCCUGGAAUCUGCCAUCAUCACCCAUGGCAUGCCCAUUCCUCACAAUCUUGAAACCGCCCUCAAACUGGAGGAGACCGUUUCUGCGGAGGGCGCCCUUCCGGCCACGAUCGCCUUCGUCAAGGGCAGAAUCAAGGUUGGCCUGACCAAGGAGGAGCUGGAGGUGUUGGCGCUCAAGAAAGAACCGGCCAUCAAAGUGUCUCGUCGAGACUUUCCGGCGGCCAUCAGUCGCAAAUUGAAUGGUGGGACAACGGUUGCGGGCACCAUGAUGGUGGCGAACGCGGUCGGAAUCAGGGUAUUCGCCACGGGAGGAAUCGGAGGUGUACACAGAGGGGUGGAGAACACCAUGGACGUCAGUGCAGACCUUGUCGAGCUGGGCAGGACUCCGGUGAUUGUGGUCUGCAGCGGUGCUAAGGCCAUUUUGGAUAUUCCUCGAACCCUGGAGUACCUGGAGACUCAGGGUGUUGGUGUCAUCACCAUCGGAAGGUCAGAUGACUUUCCCGCCUUUUACUGGGCCAAGAGUGGUUGCAAGUCACCAUACUCGGUGUCCUCUUACGUUGAAGCUGCCGACUUUGCGCGUGCUUGGGGAGAAAUUUACAAAGGAACAGGCUCAGGGUUGAUCUUUGCCGUUCCCGUUCCUGAAGAGUCGGCUGGAGACAGCGCCGCCAUGGAGGCAGCAAUCAAAAUUGCCGUCCAGGAUGCAGAAAAGCAAGGAGUGUCCGGCAAAGACCUGACGCCCUUUCUGCUGGGUGAGAUGAAUAAACUCACCUUAGGUGCUGCCCUUACCAUCAAUAAAGCACUUGUGGUGAACAACGCUAAGACUGCAGCCAGAAUCAGCGUCCAGUUGUCCAAUGUGAAUACUCAUGAAGGUGGCAGGAUUACGGUGGUUGGAGGGUGUGCAGUGGACAGGGUUGUCAGAGUCCAGAGUUCUCCAAUCACUCUGGACGGAGCAACCUGGCCAGGAGUUAUAAGUGAGUGUGCUGGAGGAGUGGGACGAAACCUCGCAGAAGCGAUUGGUCACCUCCAGAUAAGCCUUCAGCACAACUUUAAGCCUUUAUUUGUCUCAGCCAUGGGACAAGACAGAACAGGAGAGUUGAUUUUGGAGCAGACCUCCCAAUUUGUGGACACUUCUGGCGUUCGAAGGAUGAAAGGCCUCAGCUCUGCAGCCUACGAAGUUUUGCUGGACGCAAAAGGCGAGUGCAGACUUGUUGUUGGUGACGACGCUGUCUUGUCCAACGUAGACGUGGCUUGGAUCAAGAGGCAGCGUUUGCAGAACAGCAGGAUGGUCGUUCUGGACGCCAACGUUCCUGAGAAGAGCAUCGGCCAGAUUUUGGAAUCUUGCCAACAGACAAAGAUUCCCGUUUGGUUUGAACCGACAGACCCCAGAAGGGCGCAGGUGGUGGUCAAGUCGUCGCCUUUGUGGAAAACCCUGAGUUUCGCUUCACCCAACCUGAAGGAGCUUCGACAAAUGGUCAACGCUACAGGCGCUGCUGCUCCCGUUCUCGUCAAUCAAACUCUGGACAUUCAAGAAUGCGCCGAGCUGGCCAAGUUCUUGGUCGACCAGGGUGUGGCCAACCUGGUGAUCACCUUGGGACGCCACGGCUGCUUGGUUGUGAACCGGAACGAUGCGGAGCACCCGUUCCAGAGCUUCUACGAGCAGAAUGCUGACGUUCCAGUCACAGCUAAGUAUUACCCCAUCGACACUCCAAAUCUGGAGCCGGUGAGCGUUUCAGGCGCAGGAGACUGUUUCGCCGCCGCUCUGAUUGUGGCCGCCAGCGAGAAAUGGCCUGAGAAUGUGGCCGUCGCUUGGGCCAUGGAAGCGGCCAAUCUGUCCCUCCUGAGCUCAAAAACUGUGCCUGCCGAUUUGCAAAAGCUGAAAUUAACCAAAGAUAAAGCCAUGUUCCAAAAAGUAUUUUGAAGGCUGCAUUUUGCUUAAAUAUUUCUUUAAUUUUUUGUAGUUUAUUUUAAAAUUUUCUUCAAUAUCCCACCUCAAGACAUAUGAUAAUGGUCUAUUUUUUCAAUUCAUUCCAUAAUUAUGCAAAUAAGAAUUAUUUUACAGUUUUUUCUGGUGUUUAAAUAUAUAAUGCAAGAAUAAAUAUUUUAAUAUUCAAAUGAGAUAUGGUGUCAAUUUUUAAAAGACCUCACAACAAGAAAAUUACACGGACGAGGACGUUUAUUGUGCAAUAAAAAACGAUUAUGCGCCUAAUUUGGGCAAUUUGAAUGAAAAUCACCAUAAUAUUUAUUGUGCACGUGUGUGUGAGCUCUUUUGUUUUGGUACAUACUUCCUUGUUAAGGCCAAUAAUUUAGUGGCCCAAAAUGUUAUCAAUUUGCAAUGCAAAGGCACGCACUGUGCACAACGCAGGUGCCAAAAAGCAUACAUGAGUCAUUUCUCCAAGUCAAUGCUGGAAUAUUAAUUCGCUGCCCGCGAGAGUGACUCAUGUGUGUAACCUCUCAUCUAUACACCGCCAGAUCCGCAAACACACUUUUUAGUACUGCAAGCAAAACAGCCACUUACAAUAAUGAUAUGCGCGCGAGAGAUCACGUCAUUUUGAGAAAUUGCCUCCAAGUCUCUGCGCGCUAACUCUGAUUAAUAAUAUUUUUCUCCACGCUUGUUAUGCAGAUUGAUAGUAUUAUAUGGGCACCGCCGCCAUUUUGAAUCUGAUUUGCGAAUAUUGUGCGCGAAACCGCAAUUAAAUUAAAUACUUUACGGUGAUCUCAUGCUCGCGGUCGCACUACUAUGCUGCACUUCGCGCGCCACAGAAAGGAGAAUGUAAUUUUCUUUCCGAUCGAUUUUAUGCACCAUUAAUCAUCGCGAGCCGCAGCUGAAUUAGAGAGAGUCGCCGCGCGCGUUUAUUCGGUUUUUGUUUUUAAUACUUAUGGUGUGGUCGCUCGCUCUUGGGUACAUUUCUCAAAAACUUUCCCUGUCAGGUUCGAUUUUACUGGGCAGUCAAACAUAAACAACGAAAAUUGCUUUGGAAGUUAACACGAAUUUGUGACUCUGGUUAAUUAAAUUUAACGGUUUCUUAUUCAAACAAUCUUUUUUUUUUAAAUUCGCUAAUUAUUUACUUGUCAAAGUAAUAAAAAGUCCUUGAAAUUAAGAAAAUUUGAAUUUUAAAUACAAAAUUUUCAAUCAUUUAGUCAAAGAGAAAUUAUAAAGCUUUCAAUUAUCUAUACGCUCAACCCAUGCCACCCAGAAUUUUGUAAAUCAACGUUUUUAAAUUUAAAAUGAUCUCGUGUUACUUAUGUAAGAUUUACAGUAUCUUUUUCCUUCUUCCUAACGAAACUUUCCGUUCAAUGGGCUCCUUUGUAGAUUUGAAGACUAUGCAACCUGCGAAACAAAACUAAAGCUUCGAUUUUAUAUUUUUGCUAAUUUAUAUCUCAGAUAUGGAAAUAUUUGGCUGCAAUGCAAUUUUCUCGCGGAUGAAAAUUAAAUUUUUUAAUUAAAAAUGGCAAAAUUAAAUUUUCUUUGCUGUGCUUGGGUUGCUGGUUGCAUUUUAUAUUAUGCAUUAUAGGCCAUAUAGGCAUUAUUUUACUUAUAAACCUUAUAAACAAGGGGAAUUAUUGUUCCAAUAUUCUGUGCGUUUUUUAAAAAUUAAGUUUAUAUAAACAAAUCUUGAAUCAAUACCUGAAAAUUUUGCAUCAAUUUUGAUUAAUACCGUUUGUUGGAAACAAAAAUAUUUGUUGGACUCUUGAUUUUUGGGGUAUAAAACGUUUUUGCAGCAACUUCAUGUAAAUAAACAAUUUAAAUUGAAGUUUUCAAGUUAGAAUAAAAUCCAAAAGAUAUCUUGAGCUGUAGUGAAAAAAAAAAUAAUUUCGAGGAAAAAUCACUUGAAUUUAUUUUCCUCACAGGCAAUUAAAUUAUCUUUUAACUUGUAAGAUAAGUGCUUAGACCUAAUUGUUAAUAAAGAGCUCUCUUAUACAAUUAAGAUUACACGCACUGCAAUUUUAAUAAAACUCCUUUCACCAGAAAUUUCCAAGAUGAUUCAUAACGUGAAGUGUUUGAACAGAGAGUCGUCGGCAAAACUGCGCGGCGCUGUGAGUAAGAAGCUGCAGGAAAAUGAAUUAAAUGUGACAUCAGUCGUCUAUAUGUACGCUAUCUUAUCGGCGGCGCGCACGGCAGUAUAUUUUUAUGUGUUCUCUACGAUGGGCUUAUGGAUUUUAUGAUAGCAGCAGAAGAGUGAAAAAAUCAAACAUUGGUAUAAGCGAGAGAAAGAUGCAGUCGGAGUGAAUUUUUGCAGCUGAAACACUUCAGCUCGUAAAAGGGGUUUAUCGGGAUUUUAUAAACCAAGAUUUAUCAAUUGGACAAAUAUUGCAACACUCCAGCUUACAUAGGAAGAUGACAUCACCCUCGAUUUAACUUUUAUGAUAAAAGUAAAGUUUAUUUAUUUUAUAUAAAACGUGGUAUAUUUUUAAUUUUCAAAAAGCUGGGAAAUUGUUUUAAUAAAAAAUAUCAACAAAGGUUCUAACAUAUUUUAUUCAAAUAUA